ACAGGUGUAAAAGAAGGUGAGGUAGGAAGUAGGAAGAGACAGAGACAAUUUGGCAGGGCUGAUAAUAAAUCAGAAUAUUCUUCUAAUAACUUCGUUUGGAAAAAGGAAGAGAAGGUCAGUAAGAAUGAGAGGUUCUCUUUGUAUGUAUGUAUCUUUAGUUAUCUAAUACCAAAUCUUUUUGAUAACUUUCAAAUACGGUCACCUUGGAAACAAAUGGGGAACAAAAUAUAUAAGGAAAGGAGACACAUUUUACUAUCUAGCUGCCAUUUGGAAAGGUUAAAAAAUUAGUUAGCAAGCCUAAUCUGAGCCUCCGCUAAUAUCAUUUAUACUCAUCUGUCUCCAAAAAAAUGACACCCUCUCUUCCUUGGAUUCCCACAAAUAUGCCCCCAUCCACAGGUGCAGUGUCCCCGCGAGGUCCCGGGUGGGGAGUAGUGUAUGGGAUGAUAUGUGGUUGCGGGGUCCUUUGUAAUGGACUGGUUUUAGCUGUGCUGCUCAGCUGUCGACACACUUUGGUGUCAGACCUCUACGUUGUGAAUUUAGCUUUGGCUGACCUGCUGUCUUUGCUUGGGAUGCCGCUUCUCAUCCAUCAACUUCUUCAUGACAGAGGAUGGGUAUUUGGGGACCUCUUGUGCCGUGCUGUCACUACUCUGGAUCUCAAUAAUCAGAUCACUGGGGUUGGAAUCAUCACAGCUCUCUGCAUUGACAGAUACGUUGCAGUUGUGCAUUCAGCCACAAUUGGACAACGCCGAAGUGUGCGUUGCACAUGGAUGGUGACGGGUUGUGUCUGGCUGUGUUCUCUCCUGCUUAGCACCCCUGUUCUGCUGUACUCUGGAGUUCGCUGGGGUGAGGGUGUAGCCUUGUGUGUGCUGGAUCUGCCUGGAGCACCCCCAUCACUUUAUUGGUACACAUUGGUGCAUACCAUCCUGACGUUCCUUCUACCGUUGUCAGUUAUUGUAGUGCUUUACUCACUCACCCUCCAUCAUCUUUCACGUGUCAUGAGAAGAGUCCAAAGGGCUCCAUCACAACGUAGUCGCAGAGUCACUCGGAUGGCACUGGCUAUAGUUGCUGCUUUUUUUCUAUGUUGGGCCCCCUUUCAUGCAGUGCAGCUAUUCAACUUAGUCUCCUCUGGACCUCCUUCCACCUCUGCCUUCUAUCUCAAUCAAGCUGCCAUUUGCCUUGGAUAUGCACACAGUUGUAUAAGCCCUCUUCUUGUCAUCUGCUGUACCGAGGGCUUCCGAGAACGGCUGCCACAUGCACGGUGCUGUCGUUUCCUAUUCCGUCGUUGGGCUGGUUUUUGGCCAGUCUCAGCCUUGCCUCUACAAAGCCCGAAUUUGGCCAUCAACAGUCCCCCUGAGGGUGGGAUUUAUUCUGCACAGCAGCGGAGAAGGACUAUCAGCUUAGAGGCCGCAGCAAGUUCAAUUACUGAGAGCACCAGGCUCAGCCUUGGAGUGCGGGAUGAAAGCAGUAUUCUGUGACUUCCUGUAGACUGGACCAGUCCUCAUGCUAUGUUUACGUCAUAGUUUAAUGAGAUAUUCUGCCACGAUCAGGGUGUAUUAAUAACCAUGCCCUCUGUUCAUAAUUUGGAAUACUAUUAAGAUGGAAAGGCUAUAUUUAUGUACAAUGUGAAAUACCUAGUUACCAUCUGGGAGCAACAUGAAAUAUUCUGAGUAAAUGGUGUCUUAGGAACUUGCAGAUCUAAUCUUCAUGAUAUAUGUUCAAUUUCUCUGGUCAAUCUCAGUAACAUAACCUUAAUUCCAGUGAACUGGUGUCACUUGGAUUAAUUUCCUGCAUUGAAAUGACUCACUGUAAAACAGUCAUAAAAAGCUGCAAAGAGAUUCUUAACCCAUUGGAUGGGAUCAAAAUUGGAUCCCCAGUUCGUGUGUACACAGCUGAUGAAACAAGCACAUCUCAUUUGUCAGGGCGUUAGGAAACCAGAAACAACAAAUUGUUUAUUCAAGCAGUAAUGUCUUCCCAAGUACAAUUUUGCAGAAUAUAA